AUAGCUCCUGUUCGUGAUGUUACUGAUGUAAUUGGAAACUAUGGCCCUUGGCAGCGAUUGAUUUUUAUUCUAACUUGCUUGCGAGGCACCCCGACUGCAUUUUAUAAUUUAAGCACACCUUUUUUUGCCCCGAAGCAAGAUGUAUGGUGCUCCCGCCCUGCAGGCUUGAAUUGGACUGUUGAGCAGUGGAGAAAUGCAGCUAUUCCUUUGGAGUUCCACGAUGGAGGUCUCUCCCCAAGUCGUUGUUUUAUGUAUGAAACAGCAGUUGUGGAGGGUGAGGCUGUGAUCAAUCAGAAUAAAACAGUUAGUUGUGAAUCUUGGGAAUAUGAUUCCUCAUUUUAUACCAAUACACUUACGCAGGAAUAUGACUUGGUGUGUGGCAGAGACUGGCUUAUUUCAUUUACUCAGUUUAACUACAUGGCUGGCAUGAUGUGUGGCGUUUUUAUUUUUGGACACCUUGCUGAUAGAUUUGGACGUCAAAUAAUUUUGAAUCUAUCCGUUACGUUGAUGAUUGUUGCAAGUGUUAUUGCUGCUUUUUCUCCUAGCUAUACGUUUUUUAGUGUUGCUAGAUUUUGUUUAGCACUUGGAGUUGCUGGGACUCAGAAUACAUCAUUUUGUUUGUUAAUGGAAGUACUUGGUCCAGUGUAUAGGACUAGAGUGACUUUUGCCUUUUCAUUUGGCUGGGCUUUUGGUUUGCUUUUACUUCCUGGGAUGACCUACUUGAUUAGGGACUGGGUGUAUCAACAGUUAGCUAGUGCUCUUGUGACUUCCAUUUUACUUAGUUAUUGGUGCUUCAUGCCUGAAUCUCCUCGAUGGUUAAUGACUCAAGGCAGAUAUGAUGAAGCAGAAAAGACAAUGAUUACUGCUGCCCAAAGAAAUAAGCUACCAAUUCAUAACAUGCCAUCUGCCAUGAAGCAGUUGAAAGAAAGAAUUGAAAAGGAAGAAAGAAAGAAAAAUCCAAGUGUUAUUGACCUUUUCAAAACUGCAAAUUUGCGAAAAAAUACCAUUUUUGUAUACAUUUCAUAG